UAUGGAACGAACCUAAACCAAAAAAAGCUGAAUGUGUCAAUGUCAUGAUAGUGUCAAAAUAUAAAAGAAAUCAUCAAUUUAUUCGUUUCAAACAAAACAAAACUCAAAUAUUUAUUUAUCUUUUUAAGCUGUGCUGUGCAUAAAACUAUUUAAAUAAUUUUCCUUCCUAUGAAACAAUUUUGUUUUUGUGAAAUUUCAGAAAAUACCUAUUUCUCAUCAUAUUUUCAUGAUUAGUUUCACUGUUACGGUGUUUCUUUUUCCUCGAUUUUAUUUCUGUUUGUUACCUAUUUAAUGUAAAUUUGUUUCACAAUGUCGUGCACAAAAGAAGAAAUUGAGCGAAAACGUCUGGCUGCAUUACAAAAAAGGCAGAGUAAAAUUCUGACACCAAAUCAAGGAAGUUCUCCUAGGCCUGUCCUAACACACAGUAGUCCGUCAUUUCAGUCUAGUGGUCCAGUCAGGAAUUUCCCGAGUCAAACUAGAAAUUUUCAUCCAUAUUCAAAACCAGGGAAUUCAAGCAAUCAAAAUGAAAUUAAAAUUCCUGUAGGUAAAGUAAUAACUGGUAUGGUAUACUUAAUAUCUGAAGACAGGUUUGAAGUAAAGCCAUCUGAGUUCUGUGCCCCCCUCAUAAAUGUGUUCAAGACAAUUUCUUCUAAAAGCUAUGAUGCAAGUUCAAAGCUUUGGAAUUUCUCCAUAAAUGAUUACCAAGUGCUGAUGAGUAAAGUGGCACCACUGGCUCCACACAUAGUUCUUGGAUCUCUUCCGCCAUAUGUUUUGAAGAUUCUCAAGGAGCAAACAAUGGAUCCUAACAAUGUGGACUUGUCACCUAUAGAGGCGACACUAAGGCACAAACUAAUGCCAUUCCAAGAAGAAGGUGUCAGGUUCGGUAUAUCCCGCCGUGGGAGGUGUAUGAUAGCAGACGACAUGGGCCUCGGUAAAACUUUCCAGGCGCUCGCCAUAGCCAGCUAUUACAGGCACAACUGGCCAUUGCUUAUUGUCACCACAUCUUCUAUGAGAGAAACGUGGCAGAGCAAAAUCCACGAGUUACUCCCGUCCGUUCCAAUGAUGAAUAUCGUCACAUUGACCACGGGGAAAGAUGCUCAGCUGGUCGCCGAUAGACAUACAGAGGUGGUUAUAGUGAGCUACAAAAUCACUAGCAUGCACACAGAUCUUUUGAAAAGCAAGAAAUUCGGCGUAGUUGUCAUUGAUGAAUCCCACUACCUGAAGUCUCACAAAGCCCAGUGCACACUUGCCCUGAGCGGUAUCACGAAACAGUGCCAUAGAGUUGUAUUGCUGAGUGGAACUCCCGCGCUCAGUCGGCCCGCUGAAUUGUAUACGCAGUUGUCAUUAAUCGAGCCGAAAUUGUUCGGAUCAUACACUGAAUAUGGCAAAAGAUACUGCGACGGCAAGCAGACCAACUUCGGCUGGGACAUGAGCGGGCAGUCCCACCUUCCCGAGCUGCAGAUCAUACUGCAGAGGAGGUUCCUCAUCAGGAGAACCAAGGAACAGGUCCUCACCAACUUGGAGCAAAAGACACGCGAAGCAGUACAAUUAGACGAAAGUCUUCUUGAUUUCACCAAAGAGGAACGCGAUGAGCUAUCUCAAAUGGCGACUAAAUACCAGAAAUCUAAUAGUAAAGACCGCCACGCCGCCCUCAUCACUUACUUUAGUGAGACCGCACGAGUUAAGAUACCUGCCGUAUGUAAAUACGUAAGGCAGCUACUGGACGAAACGUCAGAGAAGUUCCUUAUCUUCGCGCACCACCGCAACGUGAUAAACGCAAUCAGUUUGACGCUCGACGAACAACAAGUGCAUUAUAUUUGCAUCGUGGGAUCCACACCUGCUAAUACUAGAGCGGAUUUGGUGGACAAAUUCCAACACACACCAUCCUGCCGUUGCGCCGUGUUAUCCAUCACGGCGGCCAACUCGGGCUUGACGCUCACCGCCGCGGGGCUGGUGCUGUUCGCUGAGCUGCAUUGGAACCCUGGGAUCCUGUCACAAGCGGAGUCGCGCGCGCACCGGCUGGGCCGCGCGGGCGGCGUGCGCGCGCGCUACCUGCUGGCGCGCCGCACCGCCGACGACCUGCUGUGGCCGCUGCUGCAGCACAAGCUGCAGGUGCUGAAUGACGUGGGGCUCAGUCGAGACACGUUUGAAAAUACUUCGACAAGCCACCAGGACAGCAAAAACCACAUAUCCCAAUACCUAAGCCCGACGCUCAAGAAUAAAAACGACUAUAUCCCAGGCACAAACAUACGGAAAGAUUCGAUAAAAAGUAACAAAGACAAUUCGAACUCUACAAGUGAUAGUAAUAAGACUGAUGACGAAAUAAGUUUGUUAAAUGAUGAAAAUUUGAUUGGAGAAUUCUGUGAGAACGGUGAUGAGUCGUUUUUCGAUGAAGAAGGUGAUGAGUUGUUAGCGAAUAUUGAUUUAUGAUAUCGAGAUCAUUUUACAGUGCUUCAGCUAUAUAAUAAUAACUUUCAAUAAAAAAUACAUUUAAAUCUUACAAACCCAUCGAUGUUGCUAUCUAUAGACCUAUAAUAUCGCAAAAACAAUGUCCAAAACAAACAAAUUCGUCCGUCCAUUUAAGAAUGGAUCUUAAAUAUAUCACAAUAAAGCACACAAUCCUCAAAUAAAAAACUCUGCUCAUUGUGUGCUUUAUUGCAAUUCAUUAGAAUCCAUUUUUGAAUGGUAGACAUCUGUAGAACGUAUAAUUUUUUUUGUUUGAUUUUUCACUCAUCUGUAAAUCUAGUAUAAAGAUAAAAAAACAGGCGAUGUAAAAUUCCUAUUCAGCAAGCUUUUUUGUACCAUUGGAUUUUUUUUUGAUUUUUGUAGAUGCUUUUGUACUUACAUUAAAAAUCCAGUAAUUUCUGAUAAAUUUAAAAAGUUUACAUUUUCCAAUAACUUAAAAUACUUUAAGAAAUUUUAAUUAUUAAAUAACUUUAUAUAUUUUUUGGAUACACUUUAAACUGAAUAUUUAUCUGAAAUUCUGUAUAGCAUAAAAAUUAUUUAUUGAACUUCUUUGAAAUUUUGAUACACACAUACAUAAAAACACCUAGUCAGCGAGUAUUUCUUUGCGUUACCUCAGUAAAAUUUAUCUUUUGAAAUCCUAAUUAUAGCAAGUGAGCAUUUCCAAAAACAACAAAAUUAUCCCCCCUAUACUACAUAACUUUAAUAAAUUUAAUAGAUUCGUCGGCAGUACCGAGAAGAAGCAUAGUAAAAAAAUCUCAUACAUAAAUGAAGUGCCAGAUUAUAUAUACUUAUAACUUGUGAUAUUUGUAAU